AUGAGGGUCUUUGUAGGAAUACUGGGAGAGAAACUAAUGGCUUCUGAGAUCGAUGGCUAUGAAAAUCGUGAACGUCUAGUGCAGCUGGGGCAGUCUAUCCUGCAACCUGGACAGAUCAUUGUCGUGUUUCUCCAGUAUUGUCUCAAUGAGCAGGGAGACCAAGUCUAUACUCUGAAGAAGCUUGACCCUAUGGGACAACAGACCUGCUCCGCGCAUCCUGCUCGGUUCUCCCCGGAUGACAAAUACUCUGGACAUCGAAUCACUCUCAAGAAAUGCUUCAAGGUGCUCAUGACCCAGCAACCAUGCCCUGUCCUCUGA